AUGUUGUCGCUCGUUGGACUGCUCCUGGUCCAUCUCGUUCGCUCAGCGAUUAUUGACGGCAACUCCGCCUGUUCAGCCUUGCAGAGCUCACUUCAACUCGAAAACACUACAAUACUCGACGUUGCCUAUGUUUCUGCCAACUCUGUCGUGACGACCGCAGGUUCAUGUCAGUUCUCGGCGAACGUCACGUCUUCCAUUUGCCGCAUCUACGCUCAAGUCAACACCACGGAGACUUCAUCCGUGAAGUUCGAGAUGUGGCUCCCUGAUGAGUGGUACGGCCGCUUUAUUACCGUUGGUAACGGUGGCCUAGGUGGAUGCAUCGACUACAGCAAUCUCGACUACGCCAGCUCCUUCCACUUCGCCUCAAUAGGCUCCGAUAAUGGCCAUGACGGCGACAACGGUGUUCACUUCCUCGACCAACCCGAGAUCAUCAACGACUUUGCCUGGCGAGCCAUUCACGUUUCCGCCGAACUCGGUAAAUCCAUCGCACAAAAAUAUUACAAUACCUCCGCCUCGAAGAGCUAUUAUAUGGGCUGCUCGACGGGUGGGAGACAAGGGAUGCAGUCCGCGUUGAAGUUUCCGGACGAUUUCGACGGGAUUUUGGCAGGUGCGCCAGCGGUGGAUUUCAAUCACCUUCUUGCCUUCAGUGGCCAUUGUGGUAGGGCUGUAGGAGCACCCGACGGAACUACCAAUACGAGCUUUAUCCCCGACCAACUUUGGCCAGUCGUUUCUACCGCUAUCUUGGACCAAUGCGAUAUGCUCGACGGGGUGGCCGACGGGAUCAUCACGGAGCCGGACGACUGUGACUUUGACCCAAAGGUUUUGUUAUGUGGUACCGGUACUGGGAACGACACUAGUCCGUGCUUGACGGAGGAGCAGGUGGAAGCACUGGGCAUCAUCUAUAGUCCCUUGAUGGACACGAAUACGGAUGAAGAAAUUUAUCCAAGGUUCGAUCCUGGAGCAGAGGCAUCGACUCAAAGACCGUUGUACUUCAAUGGAUCGAUAUUUUCGUAUACUCACGACUGGUGGCAGAAUGUAAUCUAUAACAACACCAACUACACCUUCAACGACUGGGGCAUGGGCGACAUAGAGUAUGCCGAUGAGAUCAAUCCGGGUGGUGUCGCCACCUGGGACGGUAACUUCUCCGCAUAUCGCGAACGAGGCGGCAAAAUCUUAACGUAUCAUGGACGGUUUGACGGCCUCAUCGCGUCAGGAAAAUCCAAGCGUCUUCACAACCUCAUCUCCAGCGCUCUAACCCCCUCGAACCUCGAUGAUUUCUAUCGUCUCUUCUUCGUCCCCGGCAUGGCGCACUGUACCGGCGGCCCAGGUUGCUUCAACCUCGGACAACGCGGAGACUCAAUUGCGGUCGCGAGCAACGACUCGGCGCAUAAUGCUCUUCUGGCGCUCGUGGACUGGGUAGAAGGAGGUGCGGCGCCUGAUAGUAUCAUUGGAACAUCGAGCAACGGGACUGUGCGGGAGCAUUGCAGGUGGCCUGAGUUUGAGAGUGAGUGGAAUGGGACGGAGUGGGUGUGCGCAGCGACGACGUGA